GUGAAGCCACGCCGCCCCCAACUUGCCGCGAUAUCUGAACCGCAUUUCGUACGGACGUUUUAUUUUGCUUGCUGAAUUGAAGUUGCGAGAGUGAAUUAAAAGUUAUCCCGUUUUUUCUCGAAACAGUAUCCAACUUUUGUUCAGUAAAAUUAAACUUAGAUUCCGAUCGCUCGAUCGUAAGUGAAUGCGUUUGUGAUUUUCGUUGUACAAAGUUUAUUUUCGUCGCCCGAACCGUGUGUAUGUGCAUUAAUUCCAAACAUAGCCAAAUAUUAUAGUAAUAGCUUAGUUUCCCGCUUUAGACUCUACCCUUCGGUCCAAAAAAGUGACUUAUUAGCAACUGCUGAUAUCAAUCCUUCAUAUCUUGUAAUUGUAAAUAUUUUCUAAGAGUAUUGUGUAUCUGGUUCGAGGACCAAAGUUCUGGAUAUUAUACUUAAAGGCUUAAGUGUAGUGCUUUGUGUAAAUAUAUGUAACGCGAACAUAUCUAUGCAGUGAGUCCGUACUCCUGUCGAAGUUAACGACAACGAAGACUAAUUGAUAUUGAUUUUUCACACACCAACACAAGUAAUUCGAGUCAAUUGAUAGACGUGAGCAGCUGCUGAGUAAAUACGAUAAACAUGUCGGCUCCAACAACUGACAGCACAGAAGCCAUCACCAACUCUGGCUACGGCAGCAGCGAUGAAACUGCGAGUUUACUCGUCACUGGACCCUCAGUCACCGUCAUUGUUCCAUCAGAAAACAGAACAGUUAAACCAGUUCUGCAAAGACAAGACUGUACAACCCAUCUACGACCUCAAUUAUCAGGCGGGCCUGGCAGUGAAGAAAGUGCAACAUCUAUCAGAAUGGAAGAAGGUACUGCAAGAAGUGUCCCUGACAUCGAGCUCCAAUGCCGGGAACCGGCAGACCGACCUCAGACACUUGUGUCUCCCGUAGCGACGUGCUCGCAUAGAGGGUCAGUGACCGCCUGCCAGUUAGUUCCGCAAACAUACUCGAGAUGUCGCGUGUGCGAGCGGCGACAGUCUACCGCACCAAUUUCAGCACUACAACUAGCGCGCUCUGUGUCGAGAGAGAGCGUUCGCUCGGCCGUGCACUACCCUUGCGGCUGUAGUUCACUUCAUGCCGUCAGUACAUGCCCCGUCAUACAACCCCCGGCGCUACUGUUGCCUACAACUAGUACAAGAAUAAUCCGCCAGAGUUCGCAGCCUGAAUCUAGCGCAUGCGCGGCGCACUGCCCUCAUCACGCUCACCAUCACCCCAGCGCCUCUCUGCGGCAAUUGCGAGAACCGGGAGACGGCAUCGCUGGCAUCGCUGCGGACUCUCUGCGAAUCAACGGGGGUAUGCGCCCUUUCAAACAGGGGCUGCUCCUCUGUCCACAAACCCUGUCGCAGACGCGCCGAGCCCGGCUGAGACGUGCAUUCACUGAAGCCACGGGGGAUACUGUUAACUACGUUAAAACGCUGCGGAAGCCGGUGUCGACGCUCUCGAUCCCGGGCGCGAUGAAGGCGUACUCGGGUGGAGGGAGGGACGCGGGAGGCGAGGAAGCAGGCGUCGCUCUAGUCGGCGUGCACAGCGAGUACCCGCGCUUCGGCGAAGAACGAGCGCUUGGCGGCGGCACGUACAAGGGCGGGGGGACAGCUAAGCACAAACCCAAUAUAGGAUAUAGGUUAGGUAGAAGAAAGGCGUUAUUCGAAAAAAGGAAACGAAUAAGUGACUACGCUUUAGUAAUGGGAAUGUUUGGUAUAAUAAUUAUGGUUAUAGAAAAUGAACUUUCAAGUGCUGGUGUAUAUACUAAGGCGUCAAUAUAUUCGCAGGCGUUGAAGACGCUUAUAUCAAUGUCGACUGUGAUUUUACUUGGCCUAAUCGUCGCGUACCACGCUUUAGAAGUCCAGUUAUUUAUGAUAGACAACUGCGCUGACGACUGGCGGAUAGCAAUGACGUGGCAGCGGAUAGCUCAAAUUGGCCUCGAGCUUGCUAUCUGUGCCGUACAUCCUAUCCCUGGUCAAUAUACCUUUACCUGGACCACAAAACUUGCAAACAAAGGCGGAGUUAUAGGCGUUGAAGUAGUUCCUUAUGAUGUCACGCUGUCUCUGCCGAUGUUCUUUCGACUCUAUUUAAUAUGCAGGGUCAUGUUACUUCACAGUAAAUUAUUCACAGAUGCUUCGUCCAGAAGUAUAGGAGCUUUAAACAGAAUUAAUUUUAACACUAGAUUUGUCUUGAAGACACUUAUGACAAUUUGCCCCGGCACCGUGUUACUAGUUUUUAUGGUAUCUCUUUGGAUAAUCGCGAGCUGGACUCUUCGGCAGUGUGAAAGGUUCCACGAUGAAGACCAUGCCAAUUUGCUAAACUCAAUGUGGCUGACAGCUAUAACGUUCCUCUGUGUUGGCUACGGUGAUAUAGUCCCCAACACUUACUGCGGCCGUGGCAUUACCCUCACCUGCGGUAUGGUGGGAGCUGGAUGCACAGCGUUAUUAGUCGCGGUUGUUUCAAGAAAAUUAGAAUUAACUAGAGCCGAGAAGCACGUUCAUAACUUCAUGAUGGACACACAGCUUACUAAAAGACUGAAAAAUGCCGCUGCCAACGUGCUUCGGGAGACGUGGUUAAUAUACAAACACACGAGGCUUGUCAAACGAGUCCAUCCUGGAAGAGUGAGAACGCAUCAAAGAAAAUUUUUAUUAGCUAUUUAUGCGUUACGGAAAGUAAAAAUGGAUCAGAGGAAGCUGAUGGACAAUGCCAAUACUAUUACAGAUAUGGCAAAGACCCAGAAUACAGUCUACGAGAUUGUUUCGGACAUGAGUACGAGGCAAGACACCAUUGAAGAGAGGCUGACUAGUUUAGAAGAAAAACUUACUUCAUUACAGGAACAAGUAAAUAAUUUACCAGAUGUAAUGGCUCGGUGUCUACAGCAGUGUUGGGAACGGGCGGAGCAGAGAAGAAAUUUCCUGCAUCCCGACACUGCUGCUGUGCCUACUCCGCCCUCAUCUACUAUUACGCCUUACACCAGAACGCUGGCGACAGCGUCACAUCCCUGGCCCCCAAGCCCAGUGCUGCAGCCGGCGGGGCGAACGCAUUCGGCUCCAGAGAGCACGACUACGCAUACGCCUUCGCCAGCGCAGCCGCAGCCUUCUAGCCCCGCUCCACACGCGUCUCGGCCUCCUCUACCCAGCUGAGUACCGCCUUCCAACUCCGAACUCCUGUGCUGAACUCGACGAAACUCGGCGCCCGUCCUCUGACCCCCCCUUCAUGACUACGCCCGAAAGAGGUUGUCGGGGAAGUUGUUUUACAAUGGAAGACAGAGAUUUGAAGAUACUAGUUCAAUGAACGCUUUGCACGAAAAAUAUUAAGUUUUUACCCCGAUAUCAAGCAAAAAUUACGCAGAAUUUGCUAUUGAAUAACAAUAUUAAUCUCACUAAUAGCACGCGAUACGAAUAAGAAACUAUUGACUUUUCAUAUUGCCAUUUUAUCUCAUGUUUCCUCCAUAAAACUGCAAAUCAAAACGAACAUUUACUAUGUGAAGAUUUGUAUUUUUAUACCGUCAUGAAACAAAUCCGUUUAUUGAAACUAUUUUCGACAUCUUUAUCUUACGUUGGGUGACGAACGGAAAAAGUGAAACGAUUUUCUCGGCAUACCGAAGGACCACGCCGCGGUGCGAGACAAGGUCAGCCGUAGUUUUCUUCGCUGUUCCCCAAAGUUUCGGAUGUGCCAGACUGUUUUUUAGUGAUAUUGUUUAGAUAGUGAAAAGAAAUGAGGCGGUACGGACUUGCUGUUGUGAUUAUACAAAUGCUUUAUCGAUAGACGCUUUAGCUAAUUACGUUAGACGAUAUUUUGAAUACAUUAUCGGAAUUAGUAUAGAUAGUUAUUACCAACACGUCUGUUCACGUUUUAUCUGAUGUUCGAGGAACCAAUAACACUGUUUUAUAAGCUGAGUGUGUUUUUACUAAGGUUUUUGUGAACGCCACCGAUAUUGUGACAUUGAGAAGUCUUUGGAAACGAAUUUAAGAGUAGUCACUUUCAUAGAUUUCUUAAUGUACAGACACAUAGCAGUAAAAAUUAAUAUAGUGACUAAUGAAAUAGUUAUAUAACACAUAGAUUUGCAUUUAUAUUUUGCAGUCAAUAAAUAAACUGACUGUAUAGGCAUUUAUUGUAAAGUACACAUCGUAGUCACUAUACAUUGGUUUCGGUUCAUUGUAUAAGUAUAUAACGUAUGGAAAGUAACACGAUUUGGAAUAAUUAUAUCACAAUGCCAGACUUAGCUAUGAAAUAAAAACUAUACGUUACUCCAUCUACUUUAGAAUUGUAAAUGUCACCUUGGAUAGUAUUCGAACAAGAAUCGAAAUAUAUUUUAUACAUAAAUAAUAAUAUAAAACAGUAAUCU